GUAAUCUCUUCUCUCACUUAUUGACAUGCUGGCCCUGUUGUAUAAUACUUUCGGCUAAUGGAUAUCUGUAUAUUUAAAAAUGUAUCGGAUCUAUCGGAAAUAACCAACCGUAUUUCUCCCGAAAGACUUUUCGCACACAAAUACACAUAUGAUAGAAAGAUCUUAUAAAAUUUGUGCAAUGUGUGAUAACGAUUUUAUUUUCUUUUUAAGAAAAAAGAAGAACGAUGAUUUUUGUUAAUGAAGAGAAUAAGAUUUCUAGAAAAAUUCUCUAGAUUUCUCUAGAUUUCUCUACAUUUCGACGUUAACAUACGUGACAAAAUGCGCAGUCGCAAAAGAAAGUAGAGGGUAUUAUUCGGCUGACAAGGGGAUGGGUCAUAGUGUUGCGUAGUAGGAAGGAAGAUUUGUUUCACUGGUAGCAGGAUUUGUUUUUUUAAUCUUAUGAGAGGAAUUGGUACGAUGAUGAGUGACAUCGGUUCACGUAUCUACGUGCGCUGUGUAAGCACGUCAAUAGAAAAUGUCAGGACUAAAUGUACGAGCGGUGAUAAUGAAUUGUGAUCCUAGUAGUUGUCCUCGUUUGACAAAAGAAUCCUUGUCGGGUGUCCGUCUCUUUCCUGGUUGUUUACGUUGGUACUCGGUAACACCGGUCUAUCGAUACGGUCAACCGUGGAAUGGCAGCAGCCUUAAAAAAGAAUCAUUCACGCAGAAGGUUGGCCGCGCUAACAUUUCUUUCGAAUAUCUCCCUCGAUGGCAGCCACCGCGAUACAAAAUUAGCUGUUCUAUCGCGGAAUGGUGCUCAUGCACGUACCUUAAGCGAUAGUCAAGCUCAUCAGGUUGAUGUUCGUCAAGCCAAUUUGACCGUUUCUACUGAAGAAGUUCUUGAUGACUGUACAGAAGAGCAUUUAAUAUCUUCAUCUGCAAAGCAAACAAGCUCUCCACAAUUAGUGCCAAAGAGUGGUGAACAUAAUUCAUUUAGUUCAAAUUCUGACGGGUUAUUGACUCCUGCAAAGGCAGCAGUGGCUGUAUUCCUAGAACAAGAAAGAAAUUAUCCGCAGCUUUCUACUGGAUUUCAUAGUUCAUUCAGAGAACGUACUAACACAACUGGCAGUGAAUAUUCUUUACCUGAAAGACGAGUUGGUUCUUUACAAUAUAAAAAACGUAUAACUCAUCAAACAUCAACUCUUUCGGAAGAUAUAAAGCAUCAAUAUAAUAGUUCCAAUGAAAGUAUUGGUUCUUUACGCAAAGCACAAUCUUCAAAAUCAAAAUCAAAGGUAUCAAAUAAUGUGCAAUCUGGUUCUGCAAAUAGUGGCAUAAUACCAGAAGUUACAAGAGAAUUGCGUUUAAUGCAAAAACCUGUAAAUGGCUAUAAAUUUGGAGAUGAUAGACUGGUUUUGGUUUCUAAUAAACGUGUGCCAUUUCUAGUAUUUUCUGCUCUUCCAUAUAAUAAAGGACAAAGAUCUAGUUGGUCUGAACUGCGUAAAGAUACAAGCCGAAGAAAAAAUAUUUCUUCACAGAGACCAUUGUCAGCAAUUAAUGAUAAUAUUGAUCCCUUUGGUUUACUGGGAAUAGAACGUGCUAAAGAUGGCCAGGAAAUAUCUUAUGGACAGUUACUUGUUCCAUCUAGACAAUUUCAAAGAGAUAAAAAAUUACAUUUUAGCGAUAAUGAUGCGAUAGAACUUAUUCCUAACAAACAUCCUGUAGUUUCAAGAAUAUGCACUGCAUUAUUUUUUUUUGUCUUAUAACGAAAUCUUUCAACCAUAUUUUGCAGGACAAAAACUAUUACAUGGAAUGUGGAUCACUCCAAAUGCUUAUGAUUGGGAUGAGCAAUCAUUACAGUACAAUCCUAAUUUAUUGGAUGAUCCAGAACUCAUAGCUGGGAAGCAUAGAACGCUGCUUACAUUUACAUCGUAUAUGGCAUCAGUUAUUGAUUAUGUAAGACCAUCUGACUUAAAAAAAGAAUUAAAUGACAAAUUUAAGGAAAAAUUUCCUCAUAUACAACUUACUUUGAGCAAAUUAAGAAGUUUAAAACGAGAAAUGAGAAAAAUAGCAAAGAUGGAAUAUGGUAUUGAUCUCUUGACAGUAGCAAUGGCUUAUGUAUACUUUGAAAAACUUAUUCUUCGGAAUGUUGUUACAAAACAAACGCGGAAAUUAUGUGCUGGUGCAUGCUUGCUUCUUGCAGCAAAAUUGAACGAUGUUAAGGGUGAUGUUCUUAAGUCAUUAAUAGAGAGAAUUGAAAGUGUAUUUCGUCUAAACCGCAAAGAUUUAAUUACAUCUGAAUUUGCUGUUUUGGUAGCCUUAGAAUUUGGUUUACAUCUUCCAACAUGGGAGAUAUUUCCACAUUAUCAGAGAUUAAUAUACGAAUCUUGACCUUCUUUUGCGACAUUUUUCUUACGUAGACCCAGAACAUUUUCGUCAUAACAUUGCUGAACAAGUAUGACAAGUACAAUGCAUAUAAACUUUUAAGCAAAAAAGGAAAAAAUUUAAAAAUAUGGAUACAUUAUGAUUAUUAAUAAAUUUGUUGACCUGCAAUAUCAUAAAAAAACAAUAUGUUGGUAAGAGUUAUAAACAAUUUGAUAGGUAAGAAUAAUUAUACAAAAGGAUAUUACAAAGUAUUUCAUUUUUUUUCUUAUUACGACUAUUUACAAUAAGGGGGCUUUAAUAAUAUGAAGCUCUUAUAUGAUAAAAUUGCUUAACACUUCGUAAAUUUGUAAACAUACGUAUUUAUAAUUAGGAUAAUUGUACAGAAUGGUAAGAAUUUCUGAAUUGGGUGUUAUUAAGUAUAAGGAGUUGUAAGAAUUACAAAUGCCAGUGUUUAAAAUAUUGUAAAUACUUAAAUACGUUCUUAUCUUUCAGGUACUUAUUCAAUUUCUAAAUUGUUUAAAAUUAUAAUUAAAACAGUAAUUUGUUUAGCGUAGUUAAUAGUUCCUUUUUAGUGAUAUAAUAACUUAUAUAAAAAGAUAAUUUUACAGAGUGAUAGAUAAUUUAAUAAACUUAUAAGGAGAAAACCAUAAAUGCUUUACAGUCAAUAGGAAUUUUUAAAAUCUUAGAGAAGUCAGUUAUAGAGAUUGAAUUAUACAAAUGUAAGUAUUUCUUCCAAUUUUUAUGAUGUAAGUAAAAUUGUUUUUUAAAGUUUUUAAAAUUUUAAAAUUUAUUAUAAACAUUAAAAAAUUUUUAUAUUUCAAAAAAGCAGCAUACAAAUUUUAUUAUUUUUGUGAAAAGUUUAUUUAAAAACAUACUUAUAUGUUUAAAGAUUUUAUUUUAAAUAUUACAAAAAUUACUUUUUAUUUUAAAUUGCUUUUGAC